AUGGCAUCGAACUUAUACCUCCAGAAUGUGUUUUCCACUCUGCUCCGCUCAUAUGGUGAUAGUAUGCACUCAAACUUCAAAGGAUCUCCCGUUACUACUACUGGUUCUCCUUGCAAGUGCCGCUUCAUCGCGAGCUCACUGAGGGCCCAAAUAAUCAAGUCAUUACAAAGUGCAAUUGAGGAAGGCCCUGGGUCAGAUAAAAAGGACCUUAUUGUGGCAAUAGUUCUUCUCUGCGGCUUAGAGUCAGCAGUAGGUAACACCAAAGCCGCCGAGGCGCAUGCCCGUGGCCUUCAAAUGAUCAUCGCGAUGCUAGGAGGGCUAGAUGUGCUAAACCAUACUACGGUCUCUUUACUCAUUUUUGCCGAUCUGGUGGCGGGAAUGACCUCUGAUGUUCCUCCCAAGUUCCAAAUCCCUCCCCAAUGGGAAAAAGAAGUAUUCACAGAUUCGAACUUGCUUGCCAAAAACAAACACUUGAACAGACAUAUAGUUCUAGGGACGGCAUUUUUCACCUCGCCUUGGUCUCAUGUUAUACCUCUCGACUUAGCAGACGUUAUCCAGUCACUCCAGCAGCUGAUUCCCUACCACGAGCAAAACAUCAAGAUGCAAAGUCACUCAGUCUUGGAAAAUGACUAUCUGGUGUUGGUGUCUCGGCAGCUUUUGGCACCGUCUUUCAAGGCUCGUCUAAAUCCCUUUCAGGAGACAAUCCGGAUCUCGAUUUGUCUUUACUCUAUGACACGUAUUUGGUCGUUUCCAAGGAAGCCAUGUACUUUAAAUCUCGUUCGAAUGCUCCGUGAAAGUCUCAAGGGAUGUUUAGGGCUUUUGAAAGCCACAGCUCCAGAUUUUCUCUUUUGGAUGUUUUUUUUGAGCUGUCUUGCCAGUCGUGGAACUGGAGAUUUUGCGUGGGCUGCGCAUGGACUGAAGGACUGUGCGGAGCAGCUAUCUGUUUUCGAAUGGUAUAGCGCAUUGCCAAUCAUGGAAAAGUUUUUCUUCGUCUUGCGAGAGAGCGACAUUGCAAAGGACGUAUGGGAUGAGGUGCAAUACGUGAAGAUGAAAAGUGCUAUAACUGAAAAUGUGGAACCUUACCAGAUUAUCCAAGAUAGAGACUGA